GGGCGGGCCGGGCCGGCAGAGCCGCGGGCGCGCGCAGCAGCCGCCGCCGCCGCCAUGGGCUGCACCGUGAGCGCCGAGGACAAGGCGGCCGCCGAGCGCUCCCGCAUGAUCGACAAGAACCUGCGGGAGGAUGGCGAGAAGGCGGCGCGGGAGGUGAAGCUGCUGCUGCUCGGUGCCGGCGAGUCUGGGAAGAGCACCAUUGUCAAACAGAUGAAGAUCAUCCACGAGGAUGGCUACUCAGAGGAGGAGUGCCGGCAGUACAAAGCCGUGGUCUACAGCAACACCAUCCAGUCCAUCAUGGCCAUCAUCAAGGCAAUGGGGAACCUGCAGAUUGACUUUGGAGACUCCUCCAGAGCGGAUGAUGCUCGGCAGCUGUUUGCGCUCUCCUGCACCGCUGAGGAGCAGGGCAUCAUGCCGGAGGACCUGGCCAAUGUCAUCCGGAGGCUGUGGGCUGACAAUGGGGUCCAGGCCUGUUUCAACCGCUCCCGAGAGUACCAGCUGAACGACUCUGCUGCCUACUACCUGAACGACCUGGAGAGGAUAGCCCGUGCCGACUACAUCCCCACCCAGCAGGAUGUGCUGCGCACCAGGGUGAAGACCACCGGCAUUGUAGAGACCCACUUCACCUUCAAGGACCUGCACUUCAAGAUGUUUGACGUGGGUGGCCAGCGCUCGGAGCGGAAGAAGUGGAUCCACUGCUUCGAGGGGGUGACUGCCAUCAUUUUCUGCGUGGCCCUGAGUGCCUAUGAUCUGGUGCUGGCUGAAGAUGAGGAGAUGAACCGGAUGCACGAGAGCAUGAAGCUGUUCGACAGCAUCUGCAAUAACAAGUGGUUCACAGACACGUCCAUCAUCCUCUUCCUCAACAAGAAGGAUCUCUUUGAGGAGAAGAUCGUGCACAGCUCCCUCACCAUCUGCUUCCCCGAGUACACAGGGGCCAACAAGUAUGACGAGGCAGCCAGCUACAUCCAGAGCAAGUUUGAGGACCUGAACAAGCGGAAGGACACCAAGGAGAUCUACACCCACUUCACCUGCGCCACCGACACCAAGAACGUGCAGUUCGUCUUUGACGCCGUCACCGACGUCAUCAUCAAAAACAACCUGAAGGACUGUGGGCUCUUCUGAGGGUGGCGCUGCCCAGGACCCCCGAAGGAAGGACCACGCCACCUCCCACUCCUGCUUCUCUUUGGAUUCAUCCCUCUGUCCCCACCCCAUAAAGAGACUUUUUGGGUGCCAGCACAGUGGCAGGGCCCAAUGUCCCUCCUGCCGCCUGUGCUUGCCCCCCACCAUUGUCCUCCUCCUCCUCCUCCUCCUCGCCAGCGUCGCCCUUCCCAGGGAAGACAAGGUUUUAAUCUUGGUUUGUAACCCCUGAACCGCUCCAGCCCCGACUUCAUUCACUCCGAGCCCUGGCGCUCUUCUCACUGUUUACAUUGCAAGUGUUGCUGGCACGGGGGGCACAGGGUCCCCUCGGGGAUGCCCACCCAGCCACAAACACGACCGAUGACAUUCCUUUUAGCAAACCAGAAAAGAAAGAAGAAAAAAAAAAAAAAAAAAAAAAAAAAAAACCCAAACCCAAA